AUGGCGGCGGCCUGCUCCUCCGAGCGCUGGCCGGCUCCUCUCUCAGGCGCGCUACAGCCGGCGAGCGGCGAGUCUGGGCGGGAGAGUCUCCUUCGCGUGAGGCAGCCACCCAGCGCGCGCCCCGCCGCGCCCCGCCCCCUCCCCUCCCCUCCCCUCCUGCGGCUCAGCCCUCCUCAGUCGCUGCCGCCGCCGCCCCCGCCGACACCGCAGCCCCUUCCCCUGCCUCUCCGUCUCCGUCUCCGUCUGCCCAGCCCCUCGGCCGCUCUCACAGCCACCAAUCGCCCACCGCCAUCAGCCUAUGGCCCCGGUCCCAGCAGCACCUCCUCGAGGCCGCCAUCACCGCCACAGCCCCACCGUCCUGGCCCCCAGCCCAUCAGACGCCACUGCACCUCCAGCCAGGCUUCCAGAUUUUACCUCGCACUCUGCCCAGGUUCAGCCCCUGGUACACCUACUUUCUCCAGCCGGCCAGGCCUGAUGCCUCUACUGCUUCCUUGUGUUGUCUUCUCCUUCCUUGGGACUGUGUUGCAUAUGGGUCUUUCUGCAGGGUUCAAGUCUGUUUUAACACCAGCAAACAUCACUGACUUCAAUGGGAUUAUUCUCUGUGUAAGGAUGCAAGAUCAAGCUCUUCGUGGAUGUUUCACUUUUUAUCUAGUAAAACAGCCUGCCUUGCUGCUCUUGAUAUUAGAUUUGACUACAACUGUCCAUUUUUUAGUUCAUAUUUUACCUGUUGGAUGAUUGCACACUGACAAAAAAACUACAUAUUCAGACAGUGACAACUUGCCCUGAAUCAGGGUGGUAUACAAAUAAGUUUUUGUUUUUAAAAAUUUGAAGAAUGUGUUUAUUCUGUUUAGGAUAGCUAAUGUAGCUAUAUACAGGACUGUAGCUAUAAUGAAUUCUUCUGUACAUUUAUGUAGAAACAGAAAAUGUAAAAGCCAAACAGUGACACUUGGUGGCCAGUUAUGUAAUUUAAAACCUCCUUUUCCCCCACCCCCACCAGAAUAUAUUUGAAAAGGUUUAAAGACUAGAUGAAAAAUUAUCUAUUCCACAGCCUUGCUAUCACAUUUGGUAACUUUGUUGAUGUUAAUUACAAUGCUAUGCACUUCUCUGGCAUUUUUCCAAAGACGGAAAGCCACACUACAAAUAUUAAGUCUCACAACAUCAUGUGAGGUAGAUGUCAUGGAUGCACAUGCUAGAGAUUAACUAGUUGAUUUACCUAAAUUCAAGUAGUGAAUCAUUGGUAAAGUUGUGAAUAGGUUAGGAAUCCUGAUUCCCAAUACCUGCUUUAACCACUAGAAAACAUUGUCCCUCCUGGUCUUCCAUAUGUUCUCUAAAGUUGCCCUGGCAGAUAAAAUCCAACUUCCCUUUGAACCAAAUUCUGCCUAAAUUGGAAGCUUUGAUAUUGUCACCAUUAAAAAGGCAAUGUCUUGUUUUGGCCCCAAAUUUGACCUACUUUGAAGUUCUUAUAAUCAGAUGAAGACUGUUCUGCAUAGCUGAAUUCUUUCUGUCUUUAUUUCUACAAACUUAUUCCACCACUGAAGACAAAUAUGUAAUUAUUCUGGUGUGAAGGCAUGUCAUUUGAUUGGGGCCAGGAACUAAUUACCCGUUUUUUACCAGACAUCCUACAGGGAUCUCUUUCUUCGCUGUUUGGUGUGGCAGCAAAGGAUCCCAGAAUCUACUGUCAGUUUGUACUCAGCGUUGCCUUAUGCAUGUGUUGGGUAGCAUGAGGAGUGGUCCUGUAAUUAGGACUCUGCUCCCUUGACUAAGACCAGACUCAGUGAGAGAAGCACCAAACACAUCCACAGCAGCUGCAGGAGUUGCAUGUGUUGUCUGCCACUUGUUGAGCAUCACUGCUCUAAACAGGAGCUGGAGAAUGGUUCAUUCUAUUUUUGCUUUCAAACCAUAGCUUGGCACUUUUUUGCUAUAAUAUAGCAGUUCCCAAACUCUGGGCUGCUAGAGGUUCGUGAAACAUUUGGUGGUGAUCUGAAGAUAGCAGUUGGUCAUGUGGUGCUGGGUCUCCUGCUUGCUUCCAGCUGAGAAAACAGAUGGGAAAGAUGAAAUACAAAUCAAGAGAAGAUGGUCUAGAUAUCUUCAUUUAUGUGAACCCCACCUCCCCUCAACAUAGUAUAGUACCAUCUUUAAUGUAUGUAACUUCACAACACCCCUGUGAGGUAGGGAAGUACAGUUAAUACCAUUUUACAGAUGGGGGAAUGAGAUAAGACUAAGUGACUUGCCCAAGACAACAAAGGAAGUCUAUGGCAGAACAGGGAAUUGAACACAGGUCUCUCAAGUCCUGGGCUAGUAGGCAAACCCGGAGACCAUCCUUUCUCUCCCAUUAACAACAUCACAAACUUCUUUUUUUCAAAAAAGAACACAACACAUAUUGCAUUAAAGACAAGAAUAAAUGCAUGACAUUUUUUCCCAAUAUUUCUCUCCCACGGGUAAGCACUGAAGGUGUAUGUGAUUUUGAAUGGGAGUAGAGGUGAUUUGUGAAAUUCGAAUAGGAGGGAUGGUAGACAGAAUUACCAUUACCUUACAUGGGCAUUCCUUGCAGAUUGGGAAGGAUAAAUGUAGCAGACGAAACCAUUAUCCCCUGCCUUCCUCCCUGUCUAAUUCCCAUAGGCCACUCAUGAAGGGGCUUCUACAAUGUUGGGGAAAGGAGGAGAUAAUGCCACAGAGCCAAAAUUCCCCCCAUCCCUCUGUACACCUAAGAUAGAUGUGCCAAAUUUGUGUUCCCUCCACGGACAGAGGUAAAGAGGAACAAUCUGUCUCACACAUAGGAACCUUACUAGGUAAAAGGCUGCUUGCACCCAGAAUGUUCCGACUACGUCUUUGUGCUUGUACCUUUUUGGCCUGUGGGACGUACAGCAGCAAAAUAAAUUAACUUUGUCAGGAUCAACAUGGAUCAGCUGAAUAAGCAUGGCCUGAUCCAACCAAGUGUUAAGAGAUCCAUCUGGGA